UCCUUUGUUGUAAUCUCAUAAAAUUGUAAUGCUAGGAAAAUGAAAUUUGCACGCCCUUUGAAGGAAGGUGGUGGAAACAAAACUGGGCAUCAGAAGCUGCUUGGACAGUAUCGUAAACGUAUGCGUGUGUGUGUGUGUGUGUGUGCUCGUUUGCGCGUGUGUGUGUAUGUGUGUGUGAGUGUCUUGUGUGGCAGGCGAAAUCCUUCAGCAGGAUUAACCUCGCCAGGGCUCGCGAGCGAACGAAGAUCUUUGCGCUUACGCGUGGAUGAUUAAUGCACGGGCAUCCGUUCGAUGCUCUCAGCGCAUACCCAGCGCACCUUUGCUUCCCUCUCUCAUGAUGUAUGUUUCCGUUUUCAGCUGCAGAUUCCGUGACAGGGGGAGAAAAAAAAAAACCGUGCGUAUGUGAGUGAGGUGUUAGCAGGUGCUUGAUUUGCCGGUGCCGUGGUUUUUGGUGCGCCUGUGCUGAUCGGAAGCAGCCGCACGGAAAUGCGGGAAGAUUUUCCGCAAACAGAAGCAGCAAAGCUUCCGGGCCCGGUUUGCAUAUGAAUCGGUCGAUGAUUGUGAAGUGCAAGGUGGAAGAAGUUUGGAGUUGAGGGUGCUGCUUGUUGGAGCUGCUGUGUUGGUGUGUAGUGAAAGGUGCUUUACGUGUGAAAGGUGCUCAUCCCUGUUGAACGUGUUACAAUCAGCCGCUCGCCCCCUUGAAGACCAGACGGGUCGAUAAGCAAUCUGACGGUUGAUACAAAUUGCUUCCCAAAAUGCGCCCUCACGUUGGACGCUGAAGUUGUUGCGGUUGGUGUGUAUCUGUUCGUUUGUUGUUUCAUCAGUGUGUCUGUGUGCUUUAAGUUGGACCUGGCUCUCACGCGAAGCGGUUAAAACCGAGUAAAGGAUUUGCUUGCGGAGAGUAUUGAGCGCAGAAAAUCACAGCAGUUGGCUAUCAGUAGCCGAGCAGGCAGGCAGCAUCAUGUGGCUGUACAGUUGGUUCGGGAUCCUGCUGGGUGGACUGCUAGACAUUACGGCCUUUUCUAUCAACACCGAUAACCAGAUUUACGAUCCACAAAUAGGAGAAAACUAUGAUAGUUGCACGGUAGGAAACGGGACGUACUACCACGGGGAAACGUUCAAGCUCGAUUGUCGAACACAGUGCGUUUGUCAGAACGGUCGCCAUGCUUGUUCGACGCUGUGUCCACAUGAAAAUCUGCCACCACCCGUUGACACGUCCAUUUGCAUCGCUCCCAAGCUGGUGGAACUGCCCGAUCAUUGCUGCAGAGUGUGGCUCUGCGAGCAGCCAGCAACUGAUGUGAAUGCGACCUGUUACAACUCGUCCACCACGCUGUGGUCACCGUGCUCGCAGAGCUGCGGUAUCGGGACGUCGACCAGGAACAUCACCACAACGCCCGGCUGCCAGAAGCUCAGCACGAUACGGCUGUGCGAGAACCAUCGGUGCAACCGCCCGGGCAAUAAUUACUACAUCCCCGGUGAGUACGCGACCGAGGGGCUGCCGGGCCGGGGUAACGCUGAUCGCGCGGAAGAUGGACCGACGGACAGGGAUGGUGACCGUUCCGGUGUCACCAGCCGCAAACAGCGACCGUACUACGAUGGCAGCAGUGGUGGCUACAGCGCUCCCAACAGCGUUUCUUUGCUCAGCGAAAACGAACAUCGAAGACGGAAGGGUCACGAGUGCCGAAGCAUUCAGCGGACGGCUUCCUCCCGGUUGCGGCUCGGUCCGUGCGUUUCGCGGAAGCUUUACCGACCAAAAUCCUGCAGCCUGUGUCAGGAUUCCAGCAUGUGCUGUGUGCCUUCAAUAACCACUACUAUUAAGGUUGAAUUACUGUGCCCUUUGAACUCGGGCGAUCCGUUCGACUUCAUCGAGCACGGGUACGACCUGUGGGACAGUGCGUCGAUCGAUCCGCUCGACCAGGAGAUGCUGCAGUCGCGCCAGAUCCACAUCGAGAACAAGUACGUCGACGUCCAGUGGGUGCUGAAGUGCGAAUGCGGUCCAAAGAGCAAAAACUGUCACCCCCGGAAGUCGGCGGGAUCAUCAUCGGGUGGCCACUCGAGCAGAACAACCGACCACCACCACCAGCAGCAGCAGCACCAACAGCGACAAUUGGGCUCAUCUGACCCGCAACCAGCGAGCGCAGCGGGAUCCACAGCGGCCGAGCAGCAGCGCAACAGCACCGCAUAUCGCACGCUGCUGGGAAAGGCACGUCCGCACGGGGCGCAGGACGUGACCGGGACCGUGGGUAGAGCCGACCCACCCGUCGACAACACGGAUCCCGUCGACUACUACGAUGGCGGUCAGAGCGCUCGGAAGGGCCACAAACAUGCGGGUCACCAUCGUUCGUCGGUGCAUCGGCGUCUGGUGCACCGUGGUCUGCAUCACCGACAGCAGCAGCAGCAGCAGCAGCAACAACAACAAAACCGACAACCCGAUCCAUUCGGCAGCUGGAACGAUGCCAGCUCGACUGUUGUGGAUGGUAGUGAGGAGCUGCUGAAGCGGGUUCAUCGAACAUAAUAAACUGCUGGCCGAGAAUCGCGCGUGUGUGCGCGUGUGUGAGUGUGUCCGGUGUACGGCAAUCGAUGCGCGGGGUUGAAAUUCAAUGCGGAAAUGCAAUUGGCGUACUUCCGCUUCCGGCUAGGCUGGGCUAAGGAUCGGUCCCUUGUGAUGCUGACUAAACACACAGACAUACACACACUCACACAUAAGCACACAUCACACAUAUGUGAAAGUUCUUCGAAAGUGCUGUCAUAUUGUACAUCGAUGCGUACAAAUAUCGCCUCAGACGGUGCAAGUUUUUUGUUUCCAGGUUUCGGUUUUCGUUGCCAAGGGAUCUUUUUUUGUGUCCUCCCGAUGGGCUUGGUUUGCUCUUUGCAAAACUAUUUCCCCACCACACCGGGGAAACAGAGCAUCAUGCGACAUGCAAGAGAAAGAAGAAGAAAAAAAAAACACACACACACACAUAUGCAAAGCUAAAUCCCUUACGGAAUGUAGACUCACCUGCAAAAGGGAAAGAAGAGGUGCGCUGCAGAUGCAAUCGAAUCGAAUUGCUGCUGCUUGUACAUAGUUUUUAAUGGAAUUCUCGAUAGUGAGUGAUGCAGCAGAAUGAGAUCGAAGCAAACAAAAAAGGAAGAAAAAGCAAAUAAACAAACCCAUCCCUGACGUUCUAGUAGAAGAGGUACGAGAAGGGAAAUGGUCAAGUUUGGGAGCGUUUCUGAUUCCUUAUUUGCUCGGGAGUAGAUCAGCUCUUUCUCUGUUUUUUUUAUCCGCCCCACUGCUUGAUGAUGCUCUAGAUGGCAGAGCUUUUUUUUUAAGUGUGGAUGCAUAGAAGAAAGCUUGCGCAAAACUUUAUUAAAUGCUGUGCUGCCUUGCAGUGGAGCGGCAACUCGUGUAGUUAAUUUGUUCAAGCGUGACUUUAUUAUAAGAAUGCACACAUAGAGAAAGAGUGCAAAAAAAAAAAAAACAAACUUAUACUAUUAUCCCGUGGAACCAAUUGUAGCGCGAAAUAGACAGUGAAUGGAUGGACGAUUUUUAUCGUGCAUGGUAAUGAACUACCCCGGUACGGUAGUUGCAUCCGGCAGUGGAAAAGCAAGUGAUAAAACGUAAGUAAACGAGAGAACUAAAAAAAAAUAAGAAUAUUCCCGAACAUACACAUCAAGCUACAUUGCAUCACUCGCAUCUAUUGCGACCGCGAGGUGUAGAGAAAAACCCGGACGGUGAAGUGCAAUGCUUGGAAAACCCGCAAGGAGAGUAGCAAACCUGAUCCGCAAAACCACCAUAUCCCCACAGAACCUCAGAGCCAGUGUGUGUGUGUGUGUGUACGUGUGUAGAAGAACAGAAGACAUAAGCAUCAACGUGACUAUUAUUAUCAUCAUCAUCAUCAUCAUCAUACCACUGCUACCACUACACCUUACUAGCUACAACUACUACUACUACUACUAUUACUAUUCACCCUUCCCAAAACCACAGUUUCGUAUCAACGUGAAUGGUUUCAAACAAACUCUUGAUAGGUCUUUUACUGUGUGUCGUGCGGAAAAGGUGGAACAGGGAAAAAAGGAAACGAAACAUAAAUCCAUGCUUUAGUUCCCUUCUGCGGGCUAGCGCUUCUUCCGGCGAGGGAGUCGCUAGUUCGAGAAGUUGCAGUCAUCACUGCAUACCAUUGCGGGUGGGUAAUGAGUGUAUGAGUAUGUAGGUUCUUGAGAGAGAUGGGUUUCCUUCUAUUUCUUUGUGGCUGCGUAGGUUUAAUGCUGCGUUCUUUGCGAUUGCUCUUAUAAAACGAGUGCGGAGCGAGGUCAGUUCGCAAGAAAGAUGAAGGCAAAUCGGCAAAAGAAAAUUAGGUCACGCUGUAUGCUCGAAAAGGGGGAAGGGGCAUUUUUUCCGCGAUGCAGCACACUCAACGGCGAUAGGAGAGGAGUGCACACAGCCCACAGAUACAAUUCCACGGACCAAAGCAACUCACAAGUGAUUGAACUCAAUGCGUGGUGAGUUUGGUAUUAUAAAUAGGCACGGUAGAAAAGGGGGUGAAUGGAACAUGUUUUUUGUAUUAUUUAAAAAA